CUACCAUUCAUCCAUCUCCAUUUCCAUCUCCAUUUCACCCAAAUAAUGCAGAAUUCCCAAUUGUCGCCGCCCCGUAUCUCCUCCCUAUCUCAUCGAUAACUCAAGCCCGAGCACUAUCUGUCUCCGCGCAUCAAACAAGCUAAUUCUCCCCAGGAUAGAUGAUAAGCAAGAUAUAUUCCGCGCCAUUGGCUCCACUUCCUGCAAUCCCCCGCCUUCAUAUGACUGACGAAUAGCAAGAAUAGGUAAGACAACGGGAUGAUCAUCCCACCGAACGCAUUGAUAAGAAAGGCCCUAUGGUCCACCCCCUCUUUAUUUACCAUCUUAUCCCCUCAACACAUCCACCUCCGCAACAGAUACUCCUACAACCACUGCAUGCAAAAUGGCCCUCACAUCCUGGGAACAGACCGCAGCGGCCAAACGCCAAUCAGUCCUCAACGCCAUCCCCGAGAAAUGGCGCAUCAAGGGUCCUAUCCCCGCACCGACGGAGCAGCGCGACGUAACAGGCCCCUACAUCCAGCAGUUCCUAUCCCCACGCGAGGUUGAAAUCACCGAAACAGACGCCGUAGGGAUCACAGAGCGAACUACAACGGGCCAGUGGACAGCUGUGGAGGUGACCGAGGCGUUCUGCCAUCGCGCAGCAUUGGCGCAUCAACUCGUAAACUGCUUGCACGAAAUCUUCUUCGAUGCCGCGCUUGAAACCGCCCGCAUUCUAGACGACCACUACACCAAGACCGGCAAGCCACUCGGUCCCCUUCAUGGCCUCCCCGUCAGUCUGAAGGAUCAGUUCCACGUCAAGGGCGUAGAAACAACAAUGGGUUACGUCGGCUGGAUCAACACCUUCCAAGGCAAGACCAAUGACCCGCGCUAUCUUACACACGAAAGCGAACUCGUUAAAGAACUCCGCGCCGCGGGAGCCGUCCUCUACUGCAAGACUAGCGUCCCCAUGACGUUGAUGUCAGGUGAAACCAUGAACAAUAUCAUAACUUACACACAUAAUCCGAAGAACAGGCUUCUCAGUUCCGGAGGUAGUUCCGGGGGCGAAGGAGCACUGAUCGCGUUGCGGGGAUCACCAGCCGGGUUUGGUACGGAUAUCGGGGGUAGUAUCCGUGUUCCUGCGUCGUUCAAUGGACUGUAUGGGAUACGGCCGUCUGUGGGGAGAAUGCCGUACGAGGGGGCGGCCAAUUCGGGCGAUGGACAGAAUACUGUGUUGUCGGUUGUGGGGCCGUUGUCUCCUUCGGCGAGAGGGUUGAUAUUGCUGUUCAAGACGGUGUUGGGGGCAAUGCCGUGGUUGGGAGAUCCUGGUGUGUUGGAGAUUCCCUGGAGGGAGGAAAUUGUAGAGGAGACGAGGAAGUUAGUUCAGGGAAAGCCAGAGGGGCUAGCUUUUGGAAUAUUCUACGAUGAUGGUCAGGUAAAGCCGCAGCCGCCGGUCGAAAGAGCGAUGCGGAUUGCUGCAGAGACGAUCAAGCGUCUAGGACAUAAGCUCAUCAAAUGGGAACCCCCCUCUCACCUAACAGCCGCCUCCCUUGCAAACCGCGCCUACAACAUGGACGGCGGCGCCGACGUACUCCAAAACUUCGCCCUAUCCAACGAAGCCAUCCACACCUCCGUAGUAAUCGACGCAUCAGGAUCCCCCCAAAAGACCGCACUAGAGAUCGCUGCCUUAAACGUCGAGAAGCGCGAAUACCAGAAACAAUAUCUUGACUACUGGAACAGCACGGCACAAGUGACGGGGACUGGACGACCCGUCGACGCGGUGAUUUGUCCAGUGGCGCCGCAUGCGGCGUGCAUUCCGGGGAAGUAUGCGACGAUUGGGUAUACGGCGUUUAUUAAUGUGUUGGAUUAUACGAGUGCGGUUGUGCCGGUUACGAGUGCUGAUAGGAGGGUGGAUGUUGUAGGGAAGGAAGGGAGGGAGUAUUUUGGGGAGUUGGAUAGGAAGACCGAGGGGGAGUACGAUGCGGAUGUGUUUGAUGGGGCGCCGGCUGGGAUUCAGCUCUUUGGAAGACGGCUUCAGGAGGAGAAAAUUCUGGUACUGGCCGAGUAUCUUGGUGAGGAAUUCAGGAAGGCUAGUGCUUGAUCAUAGCGAGUAGUAUGGGAAUCAAUCAAAUUCUUUAGUGAUAUUGAGAGAAAUGCAGUGAUAACACACAUUCU